UGUGCCGAGCUGCUAACAACGUCAGUGUGCCGGACUCCCAGCCUCUCCCAGUCCCAUCCAGCUCAUUCACUGGGAGGGAAGCGCCAGGUGUAGCACCCCCAGCAGCAUGGAGGGGCCGGGGCAGGGGGAGAGCGACUGAGCGCUGGGAAUGGCAACUCCGGGCUACUCGCUGAAUAGAAGGCGUUGGGCUGACAUUGUGACAUCGCUAGUAGGAAUCGCAAUGGCACUGGAGGGCUGACAUUACCGCAGUGCUCCCCGUACGGUUGCAGUUAUGCCGCAAGACACAGCAGCCGCCGCUCCCCGUCGGGCUCAAGGUUACCUGCUGCCGCAACACUUACUGCUGUAACAGCGACUGAGAGAGAUCGCAGCCUGUGCGCCCCGCUAAGCCCUCACUCCCCCUAUCAUCCUAUCGCUUUGCUUUUGCCUGGUGGAUGUGGAUGCAUGAGUUCUGCACCGAAUGGGCGCAAAAACCGCCCCAGGUCCCAGGGAUCGCGCUUCCAGAUCAGCCACAAAGCGCUCCCCAGAGACUGUGAGCGCAGGGGGAGCGCAGAGAGCGCCCUCACAUCCCACAGAACCCUGGAGCACUGCAAGAUGCUUGUCCAGGACUUCAACACCCAGGUGGCUUUAUUCCGAGAGCUGGUCAUUUCCAUUGGAGACGUGUCCGUGAACUGCCCCUCCCUGCGGGCAGAAAUGCACAAAAUUCGAACCAAAGGCUGCGAGAUGGCGCUCCAUGCUCACCAAAAACUCUCGGCAAUCUCCGGACCAGAAGACGGGGAGAUCCACCCAGAAAUCUGCAGACUUUACAUCCAGCUGCAGUGCUGCCUAGAGAUGUACACAACGGAAAUGCUGAAAUCCAUGUGCCUGUUGGGGUCACUGCAGCAUCAGCGGAAGGGGAAGGAACCCUGGGUAGGCCCCAGGAUUAUAGAUUACAAACCUGAAGAAAGUUCCGAUAUUCCAAUAUUAGAUGACACCUCCUCGUCACCAACAGAUAUGCAGCAGCAGUGCUGGCAGGUUUCCACAGAUAUUGAAAAUACAGAAAGGGACAUGCGAGAGAUGAAAAACCUUUUAAGCAAACUCAGGGAGACCAUGCCACUGCCAUUAAAAAAUCAAGAUGAUAGUAGCCUCCUAAAUUUAACACCAUAUCCACUGGUGAGAAGAAGGAAGAGAAGAUUCUUUGGAUUGUGUUGUCUCAUCUCAAGCUAAACCCCUGGAAGCAAUCCUUUCAAUAAAUACAUCCACAAACUGAGCCAAUCCUGUAUAGGAUGGUUGCCCAUUAUUCAAUGUUGCCUACACUGCCUUAGAGCAAAUCUGGUACUGUUAAUUUGAGAUUAUUGGCAUCUGUGUACAAGAACAGACUGACUUAUGACUCAAAUAUCAACUUAAAAAGCGUUACUAACAAUAUUAGCAUGUUUACUAUAAAAAACAACCCGUACCUGAGUGUAAGAGAUAACCAAGGCACUGGAACUUCACCGCUCAAGUUUUCUUGACGUGCUUGCUAGAGAAGAAUUAUUCCAAAACGUCAACACCAGAGGCAAGAUACAAAUAUGCAAUAUGCUUUGUUGAUAUUAUAGUGUUGUAGUAUAAGUAUACCACUUCAGCAGCAUCGCAACUAAGUGUGGACAUGAGUAAGCAGUUAUGGUUUACAUAUUGUCUAAUAUGUCCUAGUAGAUUGGGCCAUGAACUAGCACCAAUGACAUUCCUUUAUUUUGUAAAUCCAUAUUAUUUUGUACCAUUCAUACUUAGUCUUCCACUAAACAAUUUUUCUUUUUGUUUCUGAGACCUCAGCCAAGUUUAUUAACCAGUGACUGUAAUAAAAACAAAGUGAACAUUUAUGGCUUGUACAUAUGUUGUAGACAUGAUGAUGACCAUCAGUAUUUUCACUGACCUCCAAAUAGUGUGAUUUUCACAAUUUUGCAACCAUAAUAUAGUGAUAUAUGUAUAAAACUAUACUAUACAUUUUCCCUAAGGUAUAUCCUUCAAAAGAGUAAGACAAAGUCUAUCAUGUAUUACCACAGGAAGUUGAAGCAUGGUGUCUACACGUUGACAUGUUGUUACAAAUAAUAAGGCAUGCUGAAAUUAGUUCAGAUUGUAAUAUAUUCCAUAUUUUACAUUGUUAAUAAAAUGUUUUAGUUAA